AUCCUCCCUCCAGCCAAACCCGUCGCAGCCGCCUCCACGUACCACUCCCGUCGCACCGUCGGCAGCAGCCCCGACCACCGCCAGCAGCAGCCCCCCUUGGUACCCUCUCUCUCUCUUUCUCUCUCUCUCUCUCUACCCUUUCCCCUCAUCUGCUCAGAAAUCAUCACCCCGCUGCUAUCCACGGCGAUCCCGAUGCCGAAGGCGCUGAUCUCUGUCUGACGUCCCGUUCAUCGUUUCCCACAAGAAGGUAACAUCACCGCCGGACUUCACCGGCCUUCCUGAGCUCGUGAUGUUCACCGCGCAUUACCCAUCCCAUGAUGCUGCCACAUGGAGCUGUUAGACACCCUGCGUAUGCUUAUUUUGUUUUUGUUCUUGUACUAUUUCAUUUCCACGCACUGAUGUUGCCUUCUAUUGUUUUUGUUCUUGUACCAUUUCAUUUCCAGGCGCCGAUCACGUCUCCAUCAACAUCUACAAUCAAGGAUCCUCGUGAGUUUUCACUUCCCUUUUAUUGAUUGGUAGUUUUCCAUGUCGUAAUUUCUACAUUUGAGUGGUAGGUCGUCCUUGUAUUGGUAGUUUUCGUAAAUUGAGUGGUAUAGAUUGUUUAUAUUGGUAGUUUUCGUGUAAUGGUAUAGAUUUAUUUCUGCAAUGAUAUUGAUUGUUUAUGGUAUAGAUUGUUUAUAUUGGUAGUUUUCGUGUAAUGGUAUAGAUUUAUUUCUGCAAUGGUAGUUUUCGUGUAAUGGUAUAGAUUUAUUUCUGCAAUGGUAUAGAUUUAUUUCUACAAUGGUAUUGAUUGUUUAUGGUAUAGAUUGUUUAUAUUGGUAGUUUUCGUGUAAUGGUAUCGAUUUAUUUCUACAAUGGUAUUGAUUGUUUAUGGUAUAGAUUGUUUAUAUUGGUAGUUUUCGUGUAAUGGUAUCGAUUUAUUUCUGCAAUGGUAGUUUUCGUGUAAUGGUAUAGAUUUAUUUCUGCAAUGGUAUUGAUGUUUUUCAAAGUGAUAGUGUUUGUCUAAUGGAUUGGUACUGAUUUCGUUUUUUUUUUUUUUUUGUAGAAAGAUUGAGAAAAAUAUGGAAAGAAAAUCUGGCUGGAGAUCACGGAAGUGAGAGAAAGAGAGAAUUUUAAUUAAUAGAUUUUUGUAACUACCUAAAAUGUAAUUUAUUAAAAAAUUAAUUAAUAUAAUUUAUUUUUCCAUACCCAAUUUACUCUUAGUAAUCACCGUAACCUGUCCCGGUUUGGUGGGAAACAGGAGAACGAAAAAAAGAAAAUGAAACGAGUAAGGUGGGAUUAACUACGAAGCGAGAAGAAAUUUUGGACAUAUAAGAUUACGAGAAUUCUGAACUUUUAAUAAGGUUAUGAUCACUAACCAGCCAUAGAAUGUGGUUACAAGACCUCCAUCACUUGUGGCAAAGUUUGUAAAGAGCGAUUGAUGCAUUUGUUGAUAAAAAUUUGAUUAUUUGGAGAUUUUCUUUUCCUUUUCAGUUCUAGUUUUGUUUGCAGAAUCAUUGUAUCUCUCCUUUUUGUUUUUAGUAUUAAUAAAAUGACAUCACCUUUAUCCAUUUUAUUAUUAUUAUUAUUUGAAAAUCAGACAAAUGACUCUGCACUCAAAAUCAUCAACAAAUUCUAAAAAUCCAUCGAUCUCAUUACUUCCCCUAACUCCUAAAGAUAAUGAAUUGAUGAUCUAGUUUGGACAUUCACCAAAAAUGGCAAAUAUACCAUGAAAAACACUUUUUUAAUGUUGAGGAAGCAACAUGUUAAACUUUUUUUAGGUAUUCUCUAGCUUGGGGAAACAAAAAUCAAUCAAAGCACAAGUAUCUAAUCAUAGAAUGUAGACAAACCAAUUCACCACUUGCAAAAAACAAGCUUUAUUUUUCCUCAUAUAUUAUCGCGUUUUGUUGUAUAGCCUCAACCUCCAACAAUGAUCCUUUCCUUUGAUUGACUUCUGAAACAGACGCUUCCCUCCUCACAUCACAUUGGUCGAUCCAUUCCCAUUUCCAUUCUAUGCUUUACUGAGAGUAGUGUUAAGUUACCAUUCAAUUCAUUGACUCCCAUGGUUUCUACCGCACCCAAUCACACCCUUCCUCCCGUUUUCUUAGUCUACAAGAAACGCACAACUCCCCCAACAACCCGACACGUGUACGGUUGAGAUCAAAACAAGUCCCCUCUUUUCGAUAGAAAUAAAAGAGAAUUAAAUAAUCGAACCGGGCGGACCGAUUCGUGCACCAAAUAUAUCUACCCCCAACCCCCGCUCGACACUAGAGCCCAUUCCACCAUACUUGUCUCGUAGCUCUGCUCUUACUCCUUCCCCUCUUGAUCGUCGUACGCAAACCCAAGUAAGUCUCUUCCCCUUCCUAUUGUUGCUCGAUCGCUUUUUACCCACUGAUUCUUCGUAGCCAUUGGUUGGUCGAUGCUGUUCCGGCUGUGAGUAGAGUGAUGCCCGUGUGUUGAUGAGAGGUUUGACUUCCAAUUUUUCGCUGACUGACUGAUGGACUGCGCUGUCUUCGUACCUGUUUGCUUGGAAUUUGGGGGAAAUUUGAUCGGUUUGCUUGUUUUGCGUUUUGAUCGCCGGUGUAGCAGAUUCUUCCGUUUAUCUCUCGAGGAUUUGCUCUGCGUAAAUUUUGAUACUUUUUUAUUGGGUUCUCGGAAUUAGGAAUGACCCCGAGUUUGUUUCGAGUUCUUAUUAUCUGGGUUUGUGAAUGUUUUGGCUACUGUGUAUGUCGGUUCAGGUGUUGCUUCACUAAUUCUUCUGACAACAGGAGAGCUAAGUGACGGGGUUCUUUUUUGUCCGUCUCUUCUGAUAGUUUGUUUGUCCGUUAGUGUGUUUGGGCCGUGGGGAUUAGUAUGAUCUAUAUGCUUUUACAUGUCAAAGAAGUUUGAUUUUACGGCCUACGGGUUUCAGAUAAAGUAUUGUUGAUUGGGAUGAAAUCUUGUUUCCUUUGCAGUAGCAAGGAUGGGAACGUCGUUCAGGCCUGUCACGGCUGCUCUUUUGCUUUGCCUCCUCCUGCCUUUAGUUUUUGCUGCGCCCAAUGAUGGGCUGGUCAGGAUUGGAAUCAAGAAGAGAAAGUUUGAUCAGAACAAUCGUGUUGCUGCCCAGCUGGGGUCUAAGGAAGGAGAGUUGUUGAAUUCUUCUGUCAGAAAGUACCGUUUCCGUGGGAAUUUGGGGGAUGCGGAGGAGACCGACAUCGUGACUCUGAAAAACUACAUGGAUGCUCAGUACUUUGGUGAGAUUGGCAUUGGCACUCCCGCGCAGACUUUCACGGUGAUAUUCGACACUGGUAGUUCUAACCUGUGGGUGCCUUCUUCCAAGUGCUAUUUCUCGCUUGCUUGCUAUUUCCACCCCAAGUACAAGUCAAGUAAAUCAAGUACAUACAAGCAGAAUGGAAAAUCUGCUGCUAUCCAGUAUGGAACUGGUGCUAUUUCUGGCUUCUUCAGUGAGGAUAGUGUAAAAGUUGGCAAUAUUGUUGUCAAGGAUGUGCAAUUUAUCGAAGCAACAAAGGAGCCGGGCAUCACAUUCUUGGCAGCUAAAUUUGAUGGUAUACUUGGGCUUGGGUUUCAGGAGAUCUCUGUCGGAAAUGCCGUCCCUGUCUGGUAUGAUAUGAUUGAGCAAGGACUCAUCAAUGAGCCCGUUUUCUCAUUCUGGCUUAACCGCAAUGCUGAUGCGGAACAAGGGGGUGAACUUGUUUUUGGUGGUGUGGAUCCUAAUCACUUUGUGGGUGAGCACACAUAUGUCCCCGUGACACAGAAAGGGUAUUGGCAGUUUGACAUGGGUGAUGUUUUGGUUGGUGGAAAGUCUACUGGAUUUUGUUCCGGUGGUUGUGCAGCCAUUGCUGACUCUGGAACUUCUUUGUUAGCUGGACCAACGGCAAUUAUUGCAGAAGUUAAUCAUGCCAUUGGUGCUACUGGGGUCGUAAGCCAAGAAUGCAAGCUUGUAGUUUCUCAAUACGGAGAAACUAUUAUUCGGAUGCUCUUAGCAAGGGAUGAACCUCUAAAGAUCUGCUCCCAGAUUGGUUUGUGCGAGUUUGAUGGAUCACGAGGUGUUAGCAUGGGUAUUCAGAGUGUGGUGAACGAAAACAUUGAGAAAGCAGUUCGUGCUACCAGUGACGCAACAUGCAGUGCUUGUGAGAUGGCAGUUGUCUGGAUGCAGAACAAGCUUAAGCAGAAUGAAACACAGGAACAAAUCAUUGAAUACGCAAAUGAUCUCUGUGAUCGAAUCCCCAGCCCAAUGGGAGAAUCAGCGGUUGAUUGUGGUGGCAUGUCUACCAUGCCUAAUGUUUCAUUUACUAUUGCUGGCAAGGUCUUUGACCUUACUCCGGAACAGUAUGUCCUCAAAAUUGGCGAGGGUGCUGCUGCUCAAUGCAUUAGUGGGUUUACAGCAAUCGAUGUCCCGCCACCACGUGGUCCUCUCUGGAUCUUGGGUGAUGUCUUCAUGGGCCGUUACCACACCGUGUUUGACUACGGCAACCUCAGAAUCGGGUUUGCAGAAGCCGCCUAGUUGAACUGUUUCUAACGUUGCUUCAGCUCCGGUGACAACCUUCCUCGGUGUUUUUUCUUUUUCAUUUCCCCUAAUGCUGUGUUACCUUCCUCAAGACUAAACACUUAUCUGAGUGCCACAUGCUUUGUAUAUAUUUGGGUUCCGCCGGAAGACUGAGAAGUAUGUUGCAGGGCUUGACUAUGUACGCUUUGAAAAACCGACUAAUGUGGAUGUGAACGCUUACAAGUUAUUUGAGAGGGCGGAUGAUAUGCUACUUACUAUCCAGGAAUUAUGCGAGGCCUGUUGUCCUGCCUGGUGUUUGUGUAAUGUAAUGUAGCUAGCUGGGUACUUUCUCUUGAUAACUUCAGAACUUGAGCACACCUCUCUGCUUAAUAAUGAGUCGGCAACGUGCUUUGUGAUGUUCGACUGAGAUGGCAUUACGGAUUGGAUUAAAGCCAUUGUUAUGUUGUCGCCAUAAACUCUCUGCAUAUUAUAGUCCGUGUGUUGCUACUAAGAAUGACAAGUGUAUAGGGGAAGAGAAUAGCGUGUGAAAUGAAGAACUUGCGAAAGGGUCAUACAGAACAGAGGAAGGAAACAUACAAAACAAAAUCCAGCUCCAGAUUAUUUGUGUGUUAACUACCGCAUAAGUAGUAGAAGGCUAGGAUAGUAAGGAUCCCUUGCCAUCAAGAGGUGCCAAUUGGCAGCACGUCUAGCCAGGUCCCAAAGAAAACGUAGCUGCCACGUCAUUAUUACAUGUGCCACCAACAAUAAUUAUCUUCUUAGAAAAACAAAUAAGAGAUUAGAUUAAUUUAGGAAAAGCGUAACUCUGAUAUAUUAUACCUACAAGACGAGAAUGCUAGGGCAAUCCUACAAACGGCAAAGUUCAGUCUCCAAAUUACAAAAGAGGCAUCCAAAAGCGAAGAAAUCAACAAACUAAUGCAAACUAGAUUAAAACUUGGAUAUCUACUUAUGUAAAUACCUUCCAAGAAUCCAGAUAGUGUGAGUAACCUUAGAGUGAGUAACUAUAAAUAACCAAAUCCGGAUCUUUCUUUUAAAUGGCUGCAGAUUUAAGGGUGAAGAACUAAAGAAAUUUAAUUUUACUAGUUUUCUUGAUUGGAUCAUAUUUUCUUCAUUCUAACUCGGAUUUCAAUUUUUUUGCACAAAUGGAACGAGUUCGUUGUGAUCUACAAAAUGAUAUCCAUUUUCAAUAUUUUUUUAGAAAAAAAAAUUCAUACCUCUCGUUACCAACUCCAUAUCAUAUGGUAUCUCCUUCGUUGUUUAGUCGUUUUCGGAAAUUUUUGCACAGAAGGAACGAUUUAAUCAUGAUCUAUUGGAUUUCAAAAUUUUCUGGGUGAAAAAAUUUCAUACAUCUCGUUACCAACUCCAUAACAUACUAUGCCACCCUGGUAUGGGGUGGUAUUUUUCAUACCAUAUGGUAUAAUGUUAUUUAAUACCAGUCAAUACCAUAUAGUAUAGACUGGUAAUAACUGACAAAUUUUUUUUGUUCCAAAAAAUAUCAAAGUAGAUAUCUUUUUGAAGAGCACAAUUAAUCUGAUAUAACUAUGCAAAAAAAAAAUUCCGAGUUAAAACGAGUGAGAAAUCGUCCAUUAAAGAUUAAGAGAAGAAAAAUUAAAGGUUUUUCGAGUAGAGGGAAGGAGGCGCUGAUGUGGCGGAUUCUUAUUGAGUUAUGCAUGGGGUUACUCACCUUAUGGUUACUGAUGGGAUCCGGACCCCUUCCAGUUCAUAUUAAUUGUAGGAUCUACGAUUUAGCCAUUAGAGCAAAAUGUAAUACAUACCUAAUAUUCCAGUGAAUUCACGGUAUAAAGAUUACUAUCUUAC